UCUGCAGUAUUACCAAAGUCGAUCAGCUGUCGUAGUGUUUACAUUCUCCGACGGCCGCCGGGUUCUCUUAUAGAGGGGCAUACGGCCUAUGGCCAGUCUUUUAGCGUCCGUCAUACCGUUGCAAUCGUCACGCAUAACCGACACAAAUAAAAAAUAACAUUGUUGCACGCAUUUGGAAUAAUUUUCGUGGGUGUAGGUGGUGAUCUGUGCAACAGGUUUUCAAAUGCUAGGGCGGACCAAUCACGUGGAUGCCAGUUAUUUCGGAGCAACUCGGAAAGGGAUAAAGCCUUUAUCAAUAUGGGGGGCAUGUUCAGGAGCGAGGAGAUGGCUUUGUGCCAGCUGUUCAUUCAGCCAGAGGCCGGUUAUCUUUCUGUCUCAGAACUUGGUGAGACCGGAACAGUCCAAUUUCGAGACCUCAAUGUCGAUGUGAAUUAUUUUCAACGGAAGUUUGUCAACGAGGUAAGAAGAUGCGACGAGAUGGAAAGGAAAUUGCGUUACAUAGAGGCUGAGGUGAAGAAGGAUGGUGUUCAGAUACUUGACAACCUCACUGACUUACCCAGGGCACCCAAUCCCCGGGAAGUUAUUGAUCUUGAGGCACACAUCGAGAAAACGGAGAACGACAUUCUAGAGCUGAGCCACAACGCGGUAAAUCUGAAGAGCAACUACUUGGAACUUACCGAGUUGCGUCAUGUACUUGAGAAGACUCAAGUAUUUUUUACCGAGGAGGAGGCAAAUGACUCAAUCACGAGAGCACUGAUAACCGAGGAGCAGCAAUAUCCAACUGGAGGUCGUGGACGUCUCGAAUUCGUCGCUGGGGUGAUUAAUCGCGAGCGAGUACCCGCGUUUGAGAGGAUGCUGUGGAGAAUAUCCAGGGGAAAUGUAUUUCUACGGCAGGCAGAGCUUGAUAAACCACUCGAGGAUCCGAGUACGGGAAAUGAGAUAUACAAAACGGUAUUCGUGGCGUUCUUUCAAGGUGAACAAUUGAAGAACAGGAUUAAGAAAGUCUGCACUGGUUUUCAUGCAUCUCUUUAUCCCUGUCCUAAUAGCCAUGCCGAGAGACUGGAAAUGGUUAAAGGCGUUCGUACUCGUCUUGAGGAUCUCAAUUUGGUUCUCAAUGAGACUCAGGAUCACAGACAGAGGGUGCUUCACAAUGUCGCGAAGGAGAUACCAAAUUGGAGUAUUAUGGUGCGCAAGAUGAAGGCGAUUUAUCAUACGAUGAAUUUGUUCAAUAUGGAUGUCUCCAAGAAGUGCCUGAUUGGAGAGUGCUGGGUGCCCAUGUCUGAUCUCGGAGUUGUGCAGAAUUGUCUGACAGAGGGAUCGAGACAGUGCGGUAGCUCUAUACCCUCAUUCCUGAACGUUAUUCAUACCGACGAGGAUCCACCAACCUUCAACAGAACCAACAAGUUUACCAGGGGAUUUCAAAAUUUGAUUGAUGCAUACGGUGUAGCAUCAUACCGCGAGGCUAAUCCGGCUCUGUACACUAUAGUUACAUUUCCGUUUCUCUUUGGGAUUAUGUUCGGUGAUGCGGGUCAUGGAAUACUCAUGGCUCUGUUCGGUGGAUGGAUGGUCGGCUGGGAGAAAAAAUUGCUUGCAAAAAAAACAGACAACGAAAUUUGGAAUAUAUUUUUCGGCGGUCGAUAUAUCAUUCUUCUCAUGGGCCUCUUCUCGAUCUAUACGGGAAUUAUCUACAACGACAUAUUCUCUAAAUCCGCUAACGUUUUUGGCUCUAAUUGGAACGUAACUUACGAUUACUCCACGAUAAGCGAUGUCGGAAAGCUCACACUAAACCCGAAUUCAUCGGAUGUCUACGCUCAAGUGCCUUAUCCAGUCGGUAUGGAUCCAGUCUGGGCCCUUGCUGAGAAUAAAAUUAUUUUUUUGAAUUCAUACAAGAUGAAAUUGUCAAUUAUCUUCGGGGUUGUUCACAUGAUCUUCGGUGUAUGCGUCAGCGUUAUCAAUAUUGUGCACUUCAAGCAGUACUCUCGCCUAUUUUUCGAAUUCCUCCCACAAUUACUGUUCCUCGUAUUGUUAUUUGCUUAUCUCGCAGCGCUGAUGAUCAUCAAGUGGUUUCUCUAUGACGCCGCGUCGAAAGAUUUUGCCUACACCCCAACAUGCGCUCCGUCAGUUUUGAUCACCUUGAUCAACAUGAUAUUGGGUGGCGAAACAAGUAUGCCAGAGGGCUGCUCACCAUACAUGUUCGCUGGCCAAGCGGCUCUCCAAAAAGUACUGGUACUGGCGGCUCUCGCUUGCGUUCCAGUUCUGCUCUUAGGAAAGCCCUUAUGGUUCUUAUUCAACAGAUCAUUAACAAACAAGAAAAAACGAAGAGGUCAUGGUGUCCCAUCGCAGGACAUCGAACUCCAGACUGAUAUAGUCGUAAAUGCAUCGAAUGGUGGAACAGGUGGGGCUGUUGGAUCAGGUCAUUCGGAUGAGCACGAGGAGGAUAGUUUUGGCGAGAUAAUGAUCCACCAGGCGAUUCACACCAUCGAGUAUGUCCUCUCGACGGUCUCCCACACUGCCUCCUAUCUGCGACUCUGGGCCCUUUCAUUAGCUCAUGCUCAACUCUCUGAAGUACUAUGGGGUAGAGUGAUGGCGGUGGGAUUGGGGGCACUGGAGGGCGAAUGGUGGAAAUCAGCACUCCUGUUCGUUGUCUUUGGCGCGUGGUCAUUCUUCACUGUUGCUAUUCUCGUUAUGAUGGAGGGAUUAUCCGCCUUCCUCCAUACACUCCGACUCCACUGGGUUGAAUUCAUGAGUAAAUUCUACGUGGGCCAAGGAUACAUGUUCCAGCCAUUCUGCUUCAAGAGUAUAAUGGACACCGAAGAUGCUGAGGAAUAAACUCCUCGUUUGAUAUCAUAAAAUUGUCAGAAAUUGUACACAUAAUGAAUUACUAGAUUCAAAUCAGAUACCCAUAUUUUCCGAAAUUCUACGAUUCAACUGAUGCUAAACUUUGGUUGUAACUAUUUUAUCACUUUUAUGACAAACUUUUUAAUGCAAUUCCCAACGUUUUCAGCUGUUUUCUACUCGAUGCAAUAAAUUCUUGAAUGAAGUGCGCUCGAUUGUGCCUAACAGAGCGGCUCUAUUCUUCCCGAUUUUAUCGUUGAAUUGUGAGUCAACUUGGAUUAUGGAUAAUUGAAAAAUAAAAAGAGAAGAUGAUCCAUAAG